CGGAAAUACUGGCUAAAAAAAGGACCUUUUCCGAUCUCAGCAGUUUUUGUCACACCACGCACUCUUCUACGCCACGUUCUUGGUGACCUUCUGAGACACGGCAUUUGAAAAUCACGAUUGUUCGGUGGCUGAUUGUUAUGGAAAUUCUUGCAAGUUCAUGUUGACACGACUGGUAACUUGAAGCCGCUCACGAGGCGUGAGGUAGAAAAUUGUUUGGAAUAGCUUGGCGAUUGACGUUAUUUUCGACCAAAUACCAAAUACCAAAGCUUAUCUUUGAGGCUUGGAAGAUAUGGACAACGAAAUUGGCAACUGCGAUAAUUACUACUGCGAAUUGUGCAGCUUGGAUUUUACGACUAGAAGAGAGCUGGAGGAGCACACUUGGUCUAUACUACACCAUACAAACCUAAGCAAGGAAAAGGGAAGUGAUUGCAAGCAUCCAUGUAGCUUAUGCAAACAAGAGUUUACAAGACUUUCGGAAUUUACAAGUCACUUGCAUGGCGACAGUCACCAGGAGAAUAUACACAAGUGGCGUAGAGAUCACCAACAAGAAUGGAGUCCAGAUAAAAAACAAUUAGCGAGUCCAGGUAAAGAAAAACUUCCGAGGUCUGAAAAACACAAACCGCAGAUCCCAGAAAAGCAGAAACUGAAGAGACAACCUCAAGAAAAAGAAGAAGGAGAACUGUCUGAUUGGGCUGCAGAUGAUUUCACAGGUGUGAAAAAUUUUCAGAAUUACUCUAGUGAUCAAGACGGGGAAACAAUUAUGGAUGAUUAUCGUAGUGGUCAUCAGCAUCCAUAUGGAAGUUAUCCUAGUCAGGGUCCACAAAGAGCAAUACCGAGUCUGCUGGACCCACAUUUGCCUCCAGCUAGUCGUGCUGGGGAUUAUGGAUUUCACUACCAGGAAGAAGAGAUGAGAAGGGUUAGAGGGCCGAUCUCACCACGGCCUAAUGAUGUUCAGGACCAUGCAAACGACAGCCGCCCAGUUUGGAAUGGUUUUGACGAUGAACGGGAUUUCAGAGAGCCUUCAUACGACCCUGGAUAUGCAAGAAUGAACCAUUCAAGGAACUAUGAUAGGCAAGAUGAAAGUUAUUAUGGAACCAGAGAGGGAGACAGGGUGACGAUCAGGGACGGUGGUAGGCAAUAUGCGAGUGAGCGGCAAAACGGAAGUUAUUAUAGAGGCAGAGAAGAAGAAAGGAUGUUGUCAAGAGACGGUGGCAAACCAUCUCCGAGUGACAGUUAUUCAGAUGGUUAUGCUCCAGGCUCGAGACGAAGGGUGUUUGUUGGAAGUCAACCUGGUGAUCUGAGGGACAGAAUUAGUCGACGUGGGAAUACUUCAUCUCAUGACGGACGUCAGAGGAUAAGAAGUGUGGUUGAAUCGAGUUUCACGACUUUCAGAGAGAAUGACGAACGAAGCUAUUCGAGACAAACUAGGAGAGACAGUCCCGGUAAUCGAAGCCGAAGAGAAACUCCAUCGUACAAACAGGAACCAGGAAGACGAAAGACAUCACAAGACAACAAAGAGAAAGAUGUCAAAGAAGGGUCGCAGACAAAAACAAGUCCUUCUUCGGAGAGCCCUGGUGGGAAAAGUGGAAGAAAAAGUAAACCACGUAAACUCGCUAGAGCAGAAGAACAGAACAAAGAUGACCGAAUUAUUAAGAAUAGUGCUUCUAAAAACGUUGAGAUCAACUCUCAGUCACCAAAGGGUAAGGAGUCAGAGGGAAAGAACAGCGAUGGCAACAAAACAAUGGAUCGGGUGAAAUAUCAGACCCAAUCUGGGGCUUCAUCUCAGCAGGUUAAUGGAAACAGGAAUGGGAAAUCAAAGAUAGAUUCCAAAGACUUAACUACCAAAAAUCCCUCAGCGAGCAAAGGUUACGUGGAUUUCAAAGAAAACACUACAGAAACAACCAAAACUGGGUCAACUUCAUUAGCUAAAGGGGAUACGCCAUCUCCUGCUAAAGGAACUCGAGGUCUGUCUUCGCCACCCACCAAAAGAAAACCUUCUUCGUCAGGAAACAAUGAUGCCAGGCCAUUGACUUCCAAAAGGGACUCCUCAUCAGCCGCCGCCUCUUUGCCUGGCAACAAGUAUGAUACUUUGCUAUCAGUCAAAGGGAAUUCCCCUUCAUCAGUUAAAGAGGGUUCUUCUCUUUUGACAAAAAAUAGUCCAACUCUACCAGUUAAAGAGAGUUCCAUCAUAGCAGCCAAAGAGGACUCUUUCCUACAAAACAAAGGAGCCUUAUCUUCAUCUGCCAACCCACAAUCAUCUUUAGCAACCAGAGCGAAAUUUUCACUGCCAACAAAUACUUCCGCACCAACCCUUGCGAAAGAAGAAAUGAUCGAAAAGGCGGUGGAAAUGCCUGUUCCAAAAGCUUCAGACGAAUCCCUGAAAUGGAUAAAAAAUGGCAAGGAAGAAGAGACAUGUGCUCAUGAGAAGGUAACUUCGGUUACAUUUCUUGAUGAGCAAAUGAUUAAAUCUCAGGAUUCCAAGGAAGCAGGAAAGAAACGUGCAUUUUCUUCGUCAUCCAUGAGAGGCGAAAAAGAUCUUGGUUUGAAUACAAAAGAACAGUCUCAGUCACUUUCAUCUUUGAGCAAAAAUAACGAGGGUUACUUGACUAAUUGUACUGAUGAGACAAGUAACUUAUUGCCAGAGAACACAAAAGAAAAAACAGCCGAUAACCAAGGAACGAACAGUUCGAAAGAAAGCGAACAAACGAAUAAAUCGUCAACAACUUCAACCGUCUGUUCCUUGCCAUGGGAAAAGCGAGAAGAACAACUAAGAGCCUUGCUCGGUAUAAAGAAAGAGCCAAAAGACUUGGAGGAGGACACCAUUCCUUGUCCAGUGUCCAGGGUGGCAUUGUCGAGUCAGAAAAAUGUCUCCAUCUCCACCAGCAGUGCACCUACGGUGAACAGCUCAACUUCUUUUCCAAGUAAACCCAACAGCUCUAGAGAUGCCCCUGUUAUCUCCCAGUUACCCUUCUCUCAGUCGCAGUGCAGUAUUGUUCAUAUUGACGGAACACCAUGUGGUGCAGUCGCUGAGAACAAGUACUGUCCAUAUCACCAAAGAGUGUUUAAAAGCGAAGAGGGAAAUGCCAGGGGACAAAAUCUUGGCACGAGAGGGAAUCAGUUCAGGGGAAAUGAUGGUGAGUCUGAUUUGUUCAGGACGAUUCGGGAUGGUCGCAAAAAUGGUGCGCAAAUCUUUAGACCAAUAACUCCCCCAUGCGAUCCGCCGGACCGUCUUGGUUUCGACGGAGGUAAGACGCGUCAAAAACAGGACAAUCGAGGUGAGGGCGGCAGGAAUGCUCUGGCACGAUCUAAAGAAAACGAUCUUAAUUCAAAGGUGCCUAACGCCGAGUCCCGAGCCUCAAAUGAGUCUGUUGGAACGAUCGAUCUCAACUCUACUGUACAAGGAGUGCCAAGGAACUUAUUUCCAUGUGAGUCGGCAAAUGGAAGGAGUGGACCAAACAUUGACUUAAGCGAUAGAGUACCAACGAAGCCUCCGGGUAUCACACUGGAAGCUGCAACAACGUCAGAUACCGGUAUCGAUUUGAGUGGCACUGUGCCGAACCUUGAAGAGUUGCUGGCGCUUCAUGGAUCUUCGGCAGAUGCAACUGAUGGUCCAAAAAUUGAUCUUUACAAAACAGGGCUGAAGCAUGGUCAGUUUUGGAACCAACGAGGAUUGAAGGCUGAUGCUAGGCCAACAGUCGAUCGUAGUUUGACUGCACCUUCCCAUGGUGCGUUAGUACAUUUGGGUGGCUCGUCCAGUGAUGCUGAUAAUGUAGCUAAUAUUGACCUGAAUGAGAUCACAGCCCUACCGGGAAGUUCUCGGGUACCUCUGGAUAGCGUGAGGCUUAGUGAUAUUGAGCACAGAAAGGCUCAAGCGUCCGAGAGCGACAGACUUGGACGUCCAUCUGUUGCAAGUAUGCUUCCGAACUCAAAUGCCGACACGGAAAUGAUUGAUUUGAACUUAAGCACCAAGCUUCUUGGGGUCCCUCAUUCCGUCGUAAAUCCUUUUGAUACAAGACCAGUUAAAGAAAUGUCCAAAUCACCGUCCGAACUUUCCACCAAAUCCUCCCCAUUAGCCGCUCACAUCCAUUCUCCAUCACCUCAAGGCUCAAACGUUUGUACGUCACCUUUGUCACACGGUCAGUCUCCAUCUCCUACGAUUUCGCUUCCAAAUUAUUCUCUUGAUCUGUCCAGGUUUAAUCUUCCUCCAGCAGUCCGUAAAGCUUUAGCUGAUCGUUAUAGUGGCAAGAAAGUGUCGAGUGCCGCCAGUUGCUCAACGGCUGAGUCUUCCGAUGGUCGAAGAUCUCAUCCACUUUUCACAUACUCAACCAGAACUGAUGGUCAGUUUGAUAACGGGAAAAAAGUAUCUCCCUUACCUGCGAGACUUCGCAGUAGAGGACAAAGAAGUGUUAGUUUAGACUCGCCUUUGAUGAGGAAAGAAAAUUUGCACGGAGAGGGCUCUUCACGUUCUGUUCUUUUUGAACGAGGAAACUUCCAUGAUAUGAAUCGGUUUCUCAAUUGGCCUUCAAUCGAAGGACAUGAAAAGAGUAGUUUGAUUUCUUUAGGCCAUAAUUUAGGGGGCUUGCCCAAAAGGUCAGGUGUGAUGUUACCCUCCGCGAAUGUAUCACCUCUAAGUACACAAGCUACUACUGCAAAAGAGGACACGCAUGAACUUCAUCGUCGAGGGCUUAUUGAUUUGAGCUCGACCUCAUACUUUGGAGAAAUACCGGCGACCUCUGUUAACCAAGUUAGAUCGCCGGCAGCUACCAGAUCUACUAUUGAUAAUUCCCAAUCACCUUCGAGACCUUCAAUGCUUCAAGGUCGAGGACUGAUCGAUUUAAAUAGCAGCAUGGCGCUUGGCGGUAGGGAAGCGGCCAAUCCAGAAACCCUUUCAGUUAUGAAACGUAAGCGAGUAAAUUCCACAGAAGGAUCUGAAUGUCCUUCGAGUUCACCAUAUGAACAGCUGAUCAAAAGAUUGAAACAGGAACAAGCGACUCCUAUAGAGAACACUGCAGCUACCUAUCGGCCAGGAAUAAAUGUUCAAGAACUACUGACUAUCGAACGAGAAGAGCAAAAUCAACUGCAGAAUCUGCAUGCGGUGCAGUCCAGAUUAAAAUCUGUUCGCGCGCAGAUUCAGAAAUUAUGUACGGAACUGGAUUCUCUGAGCAGCGAGGAACAAAGAAUUACCCUCAAAAUGGGAGAGCUACGUAAUCAGAGACUGAGCGUUCUCGAAAAUGCCUGUUAUGAAAGACAAGUGCCAACGACAAGGAUUGAAAUAGUAACAAGAGAGGUUAGUGUAUCUACUGCUGAUGGCAAAAAUUCAUUCUCUUUUUCUUCUGGAUCUGGUAAAAGUGACACCUCGGACCUCAGUUAUUCUGCAAGGCAAGAUAAAUGUCAGGACGAUGUUUCAGUUGCCAAAGAUAAGAUUCAUAGGGGACCUUCAAACAAGGACGCGGAGGAAGAAGUUUAUAUCAGCGGAAAUACUUCCCGUGCCAAAGAAAAAGAAUCCUUUCUAAAAGAAAGUAAUUUUAGCGAUGGUCCUGUUGGGACUGCAACUAAUUUUGGUUCGAAAGGCGAAAUACAGCGCCAAAAACUACCUCAUGAAAAAGUUUUGGAGAAGCUUAACGCCGGAAAGUUAGCGGAAUCAUCAAAACAACUGAUAAAUUUUAGUGAAGGGGCGAAUAAUAUCACUCUAGCGUCAGGAGCUCAAAUAAAUGAAAAGGCUGUGUGUAGGGAACCUGCCGAAGAGACCUCAGACAUGCGUAAAAAAAGUGACACCAACAGUUUUGGUGCAGAUUUUGGACUUGGUGCCGUCCGUACUUCAGGAAACCUUGGGAAUGCACCUGUGCGUAAUCCAAAUGGAGCAAACAAAGAUAAAGGAGCAAGAGAGGGUCUUAUGAAGAAAAUGAAACAAAUGUAUCAUCCAGAGAAAGCGCCAUUCAGGAAAAAGAGCUCUUCAGAUGGUAGUAUCUCCAAGAACUUAGAGGUGAAUAGAAAGAAAAUACAGUCAGUGCGAGAAAACAUGGAGCGCUGGAAAUCUCAAGAGGAAAGUGAAGGUUUGCGUGAAUUAAAUGAUAAUGAAACUCAAACACACACUAGCCCGUUCAGAUCACACAGUGCAGAGAGUCAUGAUAAUUCAAAUGUAGUCGAGGGGAAAUGUUUACCUCGUAAAAUGCUAAUCCUCGAAAAAAACGAGUCCAGAAAGACGACGAAAGAGCUGAAAAAAUCAAGUUUCUUCCAAUCCAGUAAGAAAAGCUUCAAGGAACUACAAAGAAACAAGGUGAACAAAUCGCAACUGAGAGAGAAAGAGAAAUCCAAUAAAACUGACACUGUUCCCGUCAAACGACGUAAGAUGGAGGAUACUUCGUGCAACAAAUCCUCUGUCCUUCCAUUAAAGGAGGAGACUGAAUCCAAAUUAAAGGGUCAAGUUGUGAGUGCCGCGGCUCACACGACCACAACUGACCUGGAAGGACCUGGAUCCGAGGAAAGAGGCUACACGGAAGAUGAAAUUCCAACACGAGAUGUGGAUAGCCAAUUAGGGAAUAUGUCCAGCAAGAAAUCCAGCCGUCCGAGCCAUCUAAAAAUUCCGUCCUCUUCUGUUGAGUCCCUCAAGAAGAGUUUGCUGAACACAAAAGAUGGGAGACCCCGUGGUGUUCUGGCGACAAAGUUUCCCGGCCACACAGGAGCUGUCUGCGGGUUAAGGGUAAACAAUGGUCAUCUGUUUACUUGCUCCACCGAUAAAACUACCAGAUCAUUCAACAUUCAGACAGGGGAAUGUGUCAAAAAGUACCAAGGACAUCACCUAGCUGUUAACUGCAUCGAGGUUUCUACAGAAAAAGACAGAUUAUUUACCGGGUCCAAUGACCAAACUGUCAGGAGCUACAACAUAAAGAGUGGCAACUGCACCCAUAAGUUUACAUUUGAUGGUCGUGUUAUGUGUCUUCACACCGCUUUUGAUCUUCUGUUUGUUGGACUCAGCACUGGUGUUGUGGCCUCCAUCGACUUAAUGAAUAACAUAUGCCAAGAGCGCCUUCACUGUCACGAGCCCCGUGGAGUAAGCUGUCUUGCUACAGCCACUGAAGGACAACGAAAGCUUUUGUGCUCUGGUUCAUUUGAUUCAACUAUUGCUAUCAGAGAUUGCAAGACUGGUCUUCUCAUUCGGACACUCUGUGAUCAUAGCAUGACUGUUUUAUGUAUCCAGGUUGUGGAGAAUAUUUUGUACAGUGGAUCUGCUGAUAUGAAAGUUCAGGCCCAUAACUUGAAUAGCGGAGAGCUUCUGAGAAGUUUCGAAGGUCACCCGAUGAGUGUCAGUGGACUUCAAAUUAUCGGCAAUGUAUUAGUGACGUCAUGUUUGGAUAAACUCAUUCGUUGUUACGAUCUAACGUCGGCAGAUCUUCUUCAAGUUUAUGGUGGUCAAAUGGAUAUGAUUUUCUCUGUUCACGUUAAUAAUGGAAGGAUUUACAGCGGAGCACGCGAUGGGUCUGUUGUGGCUGUUAAACUGGAUUUAAGGGUUUACCAUUCUUGCAAGUGGCGAGACUGUGAUCUAAAUUUUGGUGUUGUCACGCACCUUAAGAAUCACCUUCGAGAACAUCACGUCAUGGAGGAAGGUUCUGUUGAAGCGUGUCACUGGGCGGAGUGUGGACACGAGUUCUCAGCCGAUGACGACAUUUCGACUGUUCUCAAGCAUGUACUGGGUCACGUGCCUGCACGAACAGCCAGAAAGUCAGCGAAAUAAUCCGUCAGCUUGCUUUUAACACCUUUUCAAUUUUGUUUUUGCGACUCGUUUCUAAACUCGAAAACAGUAUCAUACACGGUUUAAACUUAAAACCUCGUUUCAGUGUCGAAGCGACGAUAUUUCUUAACAGCGAAGAAAAAAUUAAAAGAAAGAUAAACUUAAAA